CAAACAGCUCCUUAGAGCGUGGACUCCCCUCAGAUUACACGGCAUCUACCACGACCGGCAUACAUACUCAGCUUCGAAGAACCAACUUGUAUCAUCAACUUUGUUUAAUAUAUCCGCGCACACGACUUUGAUACAUCUCCUGAUGCGAUACUUCUCUAAAUUUUGACAUUUCUUUAUCAAUCCCCACCUUCUACGUCUCCUCCAGGUGCCCGUGGAGGCGCGACCACGUCCUCCCAUGUCAUGACGCCCGAUGCCGUUCGUCCCCGGGACCAUUCCAUCGAACUCGCGGCAGACUUAGAUCUUCUCGCCGGACUUUGGCAAGAAGCGCCCUUUGCCCGUCUGCCCCCCGACGCGCCGCCCGAGCUCAAGGCCUAUGUUCAGAACGUUGAGAACCCAGCACGAGUCUAUGCGAUUCAUCAAGCGAGUCGCCGCCAUGGAUUCCAGCUCCUCGUGGAGAGAUACAUCUUGCAACUCCGAUCAGGUUGCGAAAAUGUCAAUUGCGCAACUCCCACUUGCUUCACAUGCAGGCGCCGCUUGGCAGGCCGGGCUCCCAUCCGAAGGUAUAACACGACAAGCGCCAGGACGUUAGCGAUAUAUUUAGCAAGUCAGGACGACCCGGAGAAAGGAUUAUGCCCAUUCCUCCGUAAAUCUCGCGAACCGCCGGCGGCUUUUGGCAACUUGAUAUUCUCUACGCGAUCACCCUCGCCUUCGCAUCCGGACCACAACAGAGGCAGUGUCGCCACCUCGCCCAGCGCACGCAAGGAACGGCUCUCUAGACCACGAGCACCCUCAUCAUCGUCCCAAGACGCCCUCGCUUCCUCAACGAACGACCCAAACAACCCAAACGACCCAGUCUCUCCGAUCCAAACCGCAAGUAAGCCAGCCGCAACAUGCCCACAACAUUUGAGAGAUCGCGAGUUGGCCUCUCAGAUCCGUGUAAUCGAGGCGCCCAUGAGCAAAGAUCACCGCUCAUUCGCCGCGAAUCUUUUUGGAACUGUCACUUUUAAAAUGCUCGAAUGGUUGACACCCCGAAGUGUCGCUGCAAUGGCGGAAAAAAUCAGCAAUCUCGACCCAGUGGUGGAUUUUGAUCCUCCCCAAGAUCCAAUAAGUUCAACCAGAACGACCGCGGGCUCGGAUAUUCAAAGCACUGUCCCUGAUGAGUCAGAUACAACAGAUUCGAAGACUGUGGCUGUUCAACCACAUGCAACUGACAUGAAUGAGACUUCAUUCAUGCCAAAACCGGCAAGGACCAGUAAUGGCUCAGUAUCAAAACCACGAAAGAAUGCGGCCCCAAAGCACAGACGACGUUCUACUGACUCAAAUAAUACCGCCAUAUCUGGGGAUAAUAUAAAGUCCACUAAGUCGUCCCAGGUGAACGGCACCUUACACGAGAAAUCCGUGCGACCUAGACACAAUAAGAAUUUGUCUGGACGUGGCAUCCCAGAAAUGCCUUUGAAACCAGGAUUUUUCGAAAAUGUUACAAAACCUUUGGCGCAACCUCUUUCACCUACAAGCCCGUCGACUGUGCCACAAGUUGAACCUUUUGGUGAAAACAGGUCCAAAGACGAUACAAAUUGUGGUCAUCCCAGAAUUGAUAACUCUCAAAGGACGAGAAAUCUCGAUACAGCACCACCAGACAUCUCAUAUCACAAUCUGGAAAAUAUAUUGCCUCAAGCUCUCGCGCAGCUCGAUGUCAGUCUUGUUGACUUCAUUUGUGACAUAUACGAAGAAGACGGCACAGCUGAGUCUGUUAUUAUCUCCACCUCCGAUGCAAGUCACCCGUACCCCAGGCCCGUGGAAGAACGGAAGCCUUUGCGGCGUCGAUCCAUGUCACGCACGGCUAGGUCUAAAAACCAGUGGCUACGUUUUAAUAACCAGACGCUUUUCAAUGUUCUCAUGGAUCCGCAAGUUAUUGUCCAAUCCUUCACCCACGACCGAAAACUCUACGAUUCUCAGACACUCUGGUACUGUUUUCAUCGAUUGAGCCGUGUUGCAUGCAAUCUUGUCUUUCACAGUCUCUGGCUGGCUGCUGGGCGUCUGUUUGUUCCUCCUCAAGAUUCGAAGUCACAUAAUGCUAUCAAGGGCAAUGAAUCGAGGUUACAGAAGCACAAAAGGCCUUUAUCUGAUCUUGAUGCCGGUUAUUUGAUGUCAAUCUGCAUGCAUGCAUUGGUAGCCGCAACUCCAGCUGUUCAAGAUUCAAGAACACUGUAUGAGAUGUCCCGCGUGCGCUCAAAUGGAUUGACCCUCGCCGGCGGGAGCGCCGUAGCCCGGCAAUCUUCCUCUCGAUGUUUAGAUUACGACGAUGCAUUCUCAAACGACUUGGCUAUCAGACUUGCGCGUAGGCUAUUUUGCGCCAUUACAGCCAGACGUCACUUUUCUAAGAAUAUGGACAGUGCUGGCCCCUUGGAUGAGACAGAAAACAACAAGGUCGAUAUUCUGCAACCUUUGGUUGACCAGCUCGAUUUUCUCAGUACAGGAUCAGCGACGAUUCUGGAGUUCCCGCAAUCAGAACGUCUGUUGCAUGAGACUCGUGUACCGACUGUUCUUCUGGACUGGGCACGCACCAUAUUGCUCAAUGAAUGGGAUGGUCGAGCCGAUUUUGCCAUGGAUGGGCCUUUCGGGGGGCUUUAUCAUGCCAACCGAAAUCUUCUCCUUUUAGGGGAUAUCCAAUUCCGGGUCGAUUACCUUUCAGAGCGCUUGGAUUCGAUCGAGAUGCCUGUGGACUGGCUAGCAUUCAAUUCGACACGCUGGCGACGACAUAUUCUAGACUAUCCUUACAUCUUCAGCCCCGACACGCUGGUUUCUUUCUUUCGAUCCAUCAAUUUUGCCCGAAUGAGUCGUAUGUUCGAAGAGUCGAGUUCAUUGAAAACUCGCAUGAGUGCUAUUGUCGACCCCGGUAGUCUCAUUACUAACCCCCACCACAAGAUGGUUUUACAAGAUCUUUUGAGAACAGCUUCGUCCAAAUACCUGGUCCUCGAAAUCAGUAGGAGUAAUGUCGCCCGAGAUGCUUUCGACCAGCUCUGGAGACGAGAGAAACGAGAGCUUCUUCGCCCGCUAAAGGUGCACUUGGGUGAGAAUAGUGGCGAAGAGGGUUUUGAUUCUGGAGGUGUCCAACAAGAGUUUUUCCGGUUGGCAAUUGCUGAGUGCCUCGAUCCCCAAUAUGGAGCUUUCACUGUUGACGAAAGGACACGCAUGGCCUGGUUCACCCCUGGGUCAUUGACCGAAGAUUGGAAAUACGAACUUGUUGGGCUUCUGAUGUCGCUCGCCCUGUACAAUGGUCUAACGCUGCCCAUCACUUUUCCGAAGGCUCUUUACCGGAAACUGCUGGGCAAACCGGUCGAAGAGCUUCACCACAUCGCCGAUGGGUGGCCAGAUUUGGCAAGCGGGCUGACAACUUUACUGGAGUGGGACGAAAAAGAUGGCCUCGUCGAGGACAUUUUUGCCCGCACGUACGAAUUUUCAGUUGAAUCGCUCGGUACCGUUGUGACGCGAGAAAUGAGAAUGAGCGAGCAAGCGAUUUGGCCCAAGACAGCCUCAAGCUCAGGUGAUAUUGCACCACCACACAUGGAUAACCCAGAUGACGCUCCACUUGUUACUAACGAAAAUCGGGAUGACUAUAUCAUCGAUUACAUCCGUCACCUUACGGAUGUUUCCAUCCGACGGCAGUAUCUUGCUUUUGAGCAAGGGUUCAACUCUUGCCUCGACAAAAAGUCACUCACACUCCUGAGUCCCUCCACCUUGCAGUCUCUCGUCGAAGGUGUUCAAGAAAUCGAUAUCAUCGAAUUGAAGCGGUACGCACGCUACGUGGGCUGGGAUGCUUCGCAUCAUACCAUUAAAGACUUCUGGUCCAUCGUCAAGAGGUACGACGAGAGAAUGAAACAACGGCUUCUGGAGUUUGUGACAUCGUCCGACCGCGUUCCUGUCGGCGGCAUGAAGAACCUCCAAUUUGUGAUACAAAAGAAUGGUGAAGAGGAUGGCACGGGUGGACAUUUACCGACAGCAUAUACUUGUUAUGGCACACUUCUUCUGCCAGAGUACAGAGAUAAAGAGGUGUUGAGAGAGCGGCUUGGAAUGGCACUUGAGAAUGCUCAAGGGUUUGGUUUUGCUUAAUGAGGCGUUUUUCAUGGGAUUAAAGUAUGGAAUCAGUUCUGUUAGACUUUGCAUGGGCAGCGACCAGAUUCUGUAAGCUGAGUAGGCAACUGGAGAGAAAGCACGAGUGACUUGUAAAAUAGCAUAUGAAACCUUGGACUAAUGAUAAUGCUCAGUUUCAAACAAUGUGUUAGAAACUUGCCGGUAUAGACAGCAAGCUUUAAACAAGAUCAUCAAAUGGG